AUGACUUCAUUGGCUGGUUUUGAUCAUUUUGGAGGGAAAAAUAAUGGCGGUGAAAGAGAACGUGGGGAUUUGAUGUUUGGGGAAACUUUUGCAAACAAAUAUCAAAGGCAAACCACCUUUAAUGAGACCAUAAAUGGCUCUGAAGAAGAUGAGGAUGAUGAUGAGGAUGAUGAAGAAGAAGAAAAUAAUAAUAAUGAUGAUGAUGAUGAUGAUGAUGAUGAUGAUAGUCUUCUGCUGCACGAGAUUGUAAUGUUGGACUUCGUCAAGGGUCGUAAACUUCGCAGCAAGACUAGAGAAACCAAACGAAAUCAGAAAACCGAACAGGCGAAUGAUGAUCAUGAGACGAAUUUCGAUAAAGAGAUUGUUGAUUCAUCGUCCCUACCAACCAAGAAAACUUUUGUCGUUGGGAAGCUAUCCUUCAAAAACUCUAAAAAUAAAAUCAAUACCAAACCCUCUCGACGCUCGAAGAAUAAGCCAUUAACCACAUUCGUUGAGUCUAAUAGUACAGAAGAUGAAGAUGAAGAUGUCAGAAGUAAUCAAUGCUGGGUGACCCCGUCACCUUCCACUACACGACCUUCGGAGAUACUGAAUCUAAAAAAAGAUAAUAUCAUAUCGCACUCGAAAGAUGACGAUGGGGACAAUACCAUUACCGAUUAUUCGACAGAGACAGAAUACUCAUCGCUGGAUCUCGAAGUGGACCUACCCAAAAAAGAGCAAUCCUCAUCACUGAUGAAUGAUACUACAGGUCGUUCUCAAAGAGCUUCUUCUGUGAUAGAGUUUUUGACUCCUCGAGGAAACGACAUGGGGAUUAGUACCCCAAGAACUGGAUCUUGGGAGAAACUACGAUCGUCCGUGGAUGCAAAUAGCAAUACAAAACAUAACUCACAACAGAAAUCGAGAAUAGGAAUUAUGGCAGCCCAGAAAUCGGAAGAAGAAGAAGAAGUCACGACAGCCCAGAAAUUGGGACCGGGGAUAAUGGCAUACACCCCGAUGUCCAACGGAUCUAACACGACAAGAAUGAAAACCCCGCCAAAAGACGAUGAAACUGAAGAUGAACAGGAAGAACGAGGUGCGGGGGAGAAGUAUCUGGAAUUUUUGCGUUCGCUGCCUUUAGCAGGAAAGUUUAGAUUUGUUAAGGGAAUGGAACAUCGACCUGAAUCAUCACAAUUUUCUAAUGCAAACAGUAACAAAAAACGACGUCGUACGGAAAAGAAACCGUCUUUAGAAAAUCGUCCUGGUACUAAAAAAACAUCCCGUUGUAAUGUUACUGGAACAAUAUUUGAUUAUAAUAAUAAUAAUAAUAAUAAUAAUAAUAAUAAUAAUAAUAAUAAUAAUAAUAAUAAUAAUAAUAAUAAUAAUAAUAAUAAUAAUAAUAGUGAUCAUAAACCAACAGAAGCAUCAUCAUCACCCCCAUCGGUUGUCGAAAAUGACAAGAUUAAUGGCCAGUUUUUUCAAGCUGGUAAAGAUAUAAAUGGAUAUAAAUUAAUAGCAAAAGGCCCUGCAAAAUCUGCAACACCACUGGCGAAUGUUUCAAAUGUCCAAAAAUCGCCUGCGAAAGCCGUUGAUGGCUAUACUUUUUCUUAUCAAUUGAAGAAUGAAUUUUUCGCCAAACUUAAAUCUUCACAAAAGGACCCGCUUAAUGAGAUACCUCUUCCAAAAGAUAAUGAUGGUGAGAUCCCCCAACAAACUUAUAAAGAGUAUCUCAAGUCAUGGUCGUUGGUUGGGAGUAUUAAAAAUGUCAUAUGGCCAUGUGCCGGAAACCUGUAUGAUUCAGUGACCUCGGAUUCCUUGAUAACAUUUUUCCGGGAGGGAGCGAAAGUGGUUCUACAAGAUUGCUACUCUCUUAGUAAUAGUGGUAGUGGCGGUGGUGGUGGUGGUGAUAGCCUGGAACCGUGCUCUAGAAUGUUGCAAGGGGCCACCAGGAGUGAUCUCUUGUUGCAAAACAAGGUGUAUUUUAAUGUGGUCAAGAAUGAACGAAUUAGAUGGCAUCCUGAUAAGAUGGUGAGAAUGUUACAAAGUCUGGGGGUGCUUGAGAUGGAGAAUGAUCCUAAUGAUCCUAAUGAAAAGAUUUUGGUGGAGCAAAUCACCGCGGUUUUCCAAAUUAUCAAUGGGUUAUACGAGAUUAAUGAGAAGAUGGUAGAGUGA